UUUUACAAUUUAUUUUCUUCACUCUCCUUCCCACACUCUAUGUUGUUCUUGUUCCUCUUCUCAGAAGAAGGGCUAAAAUCUGUUCCUUCACCUCUUUUUGUUCAAUAAAGAAAAGCCAAGAAAGAAAUGACAGAUCUUCUCCUCUUCCUAUUGAAUCAUUGAGGUGACCAUUCCAUGCAUUUUGUACUAUUCUUCUAAUAAUCUUCAAUUUCAUUAUCACUCUUCUUUUGCUGUAAUGGCUGCUCACCAGGAAGAGGGUUGGCCUCUUGGAUUGCAGCCAUUAAAUGUGAGAAUUGGAUUAGGAAGGGGUACAGAUUAUUUUGGUUCAAUGUCAUUCAACACUACAAUGCUUACUGGUUCACCAACUUCAUCCACUGAUUCUUCAUCUGAUUUAGACACUGAGUCAACAGGAUCCUUCUUCCAUGACAGAAGUAUUACAUUAGGGAGCCUUAUAGGUGUUUCCAGCAUCCUAGAACUUUCUAGAAGAUCAAUAAGGGGAAGGCGACCUGAACCGCUUAAGGUCAAGAAGCCUUGUAAGUCUAAACCAUGGAUAUUCUCACUUUGCUCAAGGGACAGUAUAGAUGUCAAGAGUACUACAAACAACACCCCAUCCCUAGGCCAAUUUCUGGCCGUAGAGAGGAGGGCAGCGAAUAAUGAGCAGAGAAGAAAUCAAAGCCACAAUGUGUUCGUGCCAGACGAAAUUUCCUUAGCACAGCCCCUCGCCGAGCCCAAUUCGUUGUUCGUGGAUGGUCAUGUUGCCCCUCCUCAGUCGAGCCCUUUUUCAGGUUCUGAAGUUGAGAGUGGUCGAAGAGGAGGGAUCGAGCAUGGGCACAAUAAUGGGCAUGGGGUUCCUGUGCUAUUUUCAUGCAUGUGUGGUGGGGAUGAUUCUCAUUGAGGGAGCAUAUUGUAGAGCUGGUUGCAUCUGCUAUUCCUAUAUGCAACACUUUCCUUAUCUUUUGUUCAUUCUGCCCUGUUCUACAAGAGUGAUUGUCCUUGUGUUUGAAAACAAUUCGUUUUCGGUCUAAUACACACAUAAGUGAUUCAUU